CUCUCUCUCUCUCUCUCUCUCUCUCGAUCGAUCGAUCGAUAAGCACAAGGAGCUCUUCCCAUGGCGAAGAACCAAGCAUGCCUCCUUCUCCAGAGACAGCUCAAAGAUACUUUUCUUUCCCUCCUCCGCCCCAAAUCUCUCUCUUUCUCUAAGCACUAGGAGCUCUUCCCAUGGCGAAGAACCAAGCAUGCCUCCUUCUCCAGAGGCAGCUCAAAGAUCUGUGCAAGAAGCCGGUGGAUGGUUUCUCGGCGGGGCUGGUGGAUGAGAACAAUGUCUUCCAAUGGAGCGUAUCGAUCAUGGGACCUCCUGAUACUUUGUAUGAAGGGGGGUUUUUUAGUGCCCUUAUGAAGUUUCCGGAAAAUUAUCCGCUUAGUCCGCCAACUGUGGAGUUUACCUCAGAGAUGUGGCAUCCAAAUGUUUAUCCUGAUGGAAGGGUUUGCAUUUCGAUUCUUCAUCCUCCCGGGGACGAUCCUAACGGUUAUGAGCUCGCAUCAGAGCGCUGGACUCCUGUCCACACGGUGGAAAGCAUUAUACUAAGUAUUAUAUCUAUGCUCUCGAGUCCGAAUGAUGAGUCUGCAGCUAACUUGGAAGCCGCAAAGGAGUGGAGAGAGAACCGAGCUGAGUUCAACAGGAAAGUCAGCCGCUGUGUCAGGAGAUCUCAAGAGAUGCUGUGACAAUGGUUAGUGUAUCAUAUGUUGUAUAGCUUUCAAUUGGUACACUAUUCAAUGAGUUGGAGCUUUUUAGUUGCCAAUGCUUUAUAGCUUAUAUAGUCACAGAAAUCAAGUUGCAAAAGGGUUACCAAAAUAAGAGGACCGGAACUAAACCAGGUUGAAACUCUGGUUUACCGUGGUUUAGUAUAUUGGUUCGGUUGGUUCCAGUUAUUUCGGUUAGUAUAUCAUAUCUUGUAUGCUUUCAAUUGUUACACUAUUCAAUGAGUUGGAGUUUUUAGUUGCCAA